AUGUCCAUUUCUGGGACUUUGAGCAACUAUUACGUGGACUCCAUCAUUAGUCACGAGAGCGAUGAACUCUCAUCCCAGACUCGCUUUCCUAGCGCCCAAUAUUCCGGCUCGAGCUCCGCUGCGUCCGCGAGUGGGAGGCUGCCGGGUGGCGCUGCUGCGCACACGGAACAUCCCCAUCCCGAUUCCUAUCCGUCCUGCAGUUUCCAGCCCAAGCCUCCAGUCUUCUCGUCAUCCUGGAGCCCAUUUAAUCCACACCACGGUGCCAGUGGCCUCCCCGCUGUCUACCAUCCCUACAUCCCCGCGCAGCACGUGCCCGCCGCGGACACACGGUACAUACGUUCAUGGCUGGACUGUGCGCCACGGAGCUCUGAGUCUGGUCCGGUACAGGGCCAAACGGGUCAGGUCAAGCUGGAGCCUCAGCUUGGCCAUCUCGGUGGGGAGAUCGCAUCCAAAAUCAUGGGACAGCAUCAGCACGAGCCCACAACAUACAUCUUGGAGUCAACGUCCACGGCAGCGCGCGAGCUUAGCCACCAUUCGGCCGCCAUCCAGGGAACAGGGUUCGAAGAAAACAAGGACAUUAGUGAAGGGAAUGAGGACAAAGAUGGCCUGGAUCAAAAUGACCCAUCGGCCAAUUGGCUUCAUGCACGUUCCUCCAGAAAGAAACGUUGUCCAUACACCAAAUACCAGACGCUAGAGUUGGAGAAGGAGUUCCUGUUCAACAUGUACCUCACGCGCGAUCGGCGACAUGAGGUGGCGCGCGCACUCAAUCUGACAGAGCGGCAGGUGAAGAUCUGGUUCCAGAACCGGAGGAUGAAAAUGAAGAAACAAAACAAGGACCAAUCCAAGGACUAG